AUGGCGGCGCGUUCCCCUCCCCAGCUCCCGGCCAGCCGCAGGUCCGAGCCGGCGUACCGAGAACAAAGACGACAAAAAGUUGAAGAGUAUCUAUCAAGAAAAAAGACCUUUUCUGGUGUGCCCAUUCAAGAAAACCAGGCAUUAAUCAGCAGUAGCAGAACUAGGAGAGCAACUAGCAAUAAACUGCAAGACAAAAUACAGCUCUCAAGAUCUCCAAAGCCAGGAAUGGAAAAUAAAGAGAAUGCUAAUAAACUGUCAUGGGACCAAUCAAGCGGAACCUCAGAAAAAAAUGUUAUUUUAAACUCUUCCACAAUCACACUGACAAAUUCCAUAUCAGGCACAAACUAUAAUCCUGAAGAUCAUGCAUCCAAGGAUGAAGUCACUGAAAUAAAAUCUCAGCACGUGUCACUUAGCAAGUCUUUUUUGCAAAUAAAAAGCAUAAAAGAGAAGCAAUUGAUUACAGAAAAACAAAAUUCAAGUGUCAGCCUACCGAAGAAACCAGUGCUUGGUACAUAUCGUGGCAAAGUUAUCCAAUCCAAGAUAAACUCCUUCCGAAAAGCACCAAAAAGUGAGGGGGAAAAGAGUUCUUUGCCAGACAAGAAGCUUCUUUCUUCUGCCACCAAACCAGCAGCAACUUCUUUGUCCACAAGCAGCUGUAAUGUACUUCUGAAGACCAUCAAAGUCACAAACCGCCCUAACUCUGUAAAACCAAAUGGUGUCCUCCCAUCCCAGAGCAAACCAUCUGACAAAGCUGCUAUUAACUCACAGUCCAGUCUGAAGAAACAACAACCAAUAUCUGCUGUCGUACCAAAGAAAGUAACAGUCCAAAAAAUUAUUGGUGGAAGGGGACCACAGCCACCGAAGGCUGUUUCUAACAAAUCUGACCACAGAGCACCAGGAGUGAAGAAAUGUGCAGAUUUUUGUGAAGAUGCAAAACCAGAAGCUCCAGCAAAACCAAUUUCUGUUGUUCCUGGUACAAAGUUCAGACAGGAUUCUAAAACUAAUGGCAACAGAAAAUCUGUUCUGCCAAAAGAGUCAGCAGAAGAGAGAAGAGCUCGCCUGGAUGAAUGGAGGGCAUCUAGAGGAAAAGUGAUGAGGAGACCUCCUAUAUCUGUGCUUCUGGGACCCCAGUCUAAAACUGAAGAACAAGAAUUCUCUUCUGAUGAUUCUUUCGCGCAUGUAUUACAUAGUGAAAAGGUCAACAAUACUCUCGCAGAAUGUCUUCAGUUAACCAAACAGGGAUGUCAAGGCAGUGAAGUACGCACCAUGUUGGAAGACCUGACACAGAGCAUUCCUGGGGCUAAAAAGCUUGCAAAAUAUUGGAUCUGCUGCAUGCGUCUUGAACAGAUGGGCCCUCUUGAAAAGCUUAUUGCUGUCUAUGAGGAGGCCAUUUUGGCAGGAGCAAUGCCUAAAGAUGAACUACGACACACACUAAUAGAUACUAUGAAAAAUACUGAAAGCCUUUUUAAGUCUGAGGAUGGAGGAACUGUGAUAGAAGCUCAUUUAAGUGAGGUAGUGGAAGUCAGCAAGGAACUAAAUUCAUCUGUAGAGCAGGUUCAGGAGGCCUUCAAGGAUUUCUGCUCUGGUGAUGACCAAAAAGCAGAGAAUGAUGACAAGAAGGCAGAGACUAGCAGUGAAGUGAUCAAAAAAGAAGAAAGGGAUUUAGACUUGAAAUCGAGAGAAGAAAUCUUGCCAAAAAAGAAUAAAAAGCACAAGACUAAAGAACAUACAAAAAAGAAAGGAAAAUGUGAAACAGAGGAGCAGAAUGAGGAUGGGGUAAAAGAUAUAGCCCUAGCAGUUAAUACUCCUGAGAAGGAGAGUGACACAUCUUAUUUAAUGAGAUACAAUCCAUCUACCACACCAUACUUGGAAAGUGUGAAGAUGCACCAUGAGGCAAACGACUCCAGUGCUAAAGACCUGAAAAUUGUAACCCCUUUGCGAUAUUCUCAACGCAUUCGGGAGAAGAUGUGCAAGCUGUCAGAUACUGUUAAAGUUCAAGAUCCAUGUGUCUCUUCGUUUGAACAGCUGGGAGAAUUGGAAUCAAAAGCCACUGCAUUUAUCCACAAACAGAGUAAUGGGCUCAAAGAAACAAGUGGUGAAGCAGAAGAGUAAAAAGUAGCAUUAAUGCUACAUGGAGAUUAAAGAUUGGAUCUUUUUUAAGGAGUGUUGGGGGGGUGUUUGUUUUUAGCAGCUUUGAGAGAGGAGCUAUCUAAAACUCACGUGGAUGACUUAAGAUGAAAUUUGACUGUCUGAGUCACUAAACUUUUGAAUUUAUAAGUUUCUGCCUUUUCAAAAUUGUGGUAAACCUGGUCUGUUUUAGUGCUUAUAAACAUCAGUGUCUUCAUGCUAAAUACAAUUAAACAUUGAAUUAAGGACUAGGUUUAACACUUCAUAUAACAGUUUGAUUGUAGUAUAUUCCUCAUAUCUACUGUUUUCCUGUUGCAAUUCCUAUAAAUUCUUUAGAAUUGUACAAUCUAACUUCUAGUUUAAGAAACAAAAAUAACAUAGCCAUUCCAAUAGGACAUUGUCUACUGCAGCAACAAUUAGUUUUGAAAACUGAAGCCAGCUAGGAAGGUGUACACUAAGUUUAAACUGUUGUAUCCAUUUUUAGGGGGUAUUUCAAUAAAACUUGAGUUUAAUCCCUUUAGUUACCCGGAUUAUUCAUGAUGAAGUAAUCUCCCUUAGAUGAGGUCUGAUACACUAAUUACUAUGUGACUGUUCUAAUGUUGGUUUGCAUUAGUCUGUAAUAUGGUAGACAUAUUAAACUAAUCAAUUGA